AUGAAGAACGUGGUCCUCCACAUCAAGAAGAAGUGGGUAGGCACCCUCGAUGGUACCGAGAUUAUGGGAGAUGGAGGCGAUGACGAAGACAUCCGCCUCGCCGCCGAGGCUGCCCUUGCCACAAGUCACGAUGCAGACCGACCAGAACGACCGAUCGACCGUGCCGCCGAGGCACAGAUACAACACGCCUCUCAGCUAGCAGACCAGUUCGUCAGGGAAGAAGACCCGGAUCGUGAAGGCAACGAGGCAGCGCCGCCGCCGCCCCAACGGUCCUUCAAGCACACGGCUGAUGGUAUUCGUGAUGCCUGGGUAUCAGUCAUGAGGGCACGCACGCCCGAGGAGUGUAACGAGCAGUGGGAUCUUCUCUGUACAGAGUUUUCUGACCAGCACGCUAUAGCCCUCGUCAACUACUUCCGUACGACCUACUACCCGUGGCGUGCCCAGUUUUGCCGAUACGCUAUUCAACGGCACCGAAACUACGACAUUACAGUGACUUCUCGUGUAGAGAGCACUCAUCACGAGUUAAAGUCACAGUUACGCAACCGCUUUAUCGACCUCUAUCAGCUGCAAGAGCACAUCAAAGAGCUAGUUACGGAACGGCAGACCAACCAUCGCGAGUCGAUUCAGACCGAGUUUACAAGGGCGAAGGUCGAAUGGGGGAAGCAUACGAUGAUGAGGUCGUUGCACCGUAAAAUAGGCUGGAAGCCGAUGAAUCAGAUCCUCAAGCAAGUCAAGUUGGCACGAGACGAACUGGCUGAUAAUAGCGGCCAGAGGCCAUCGCCUGAACAACGGCAGUACAUCGAAGCAGACCACGAGCCCGAUCCUAACGUUGUCCCGCCGCGCCGGCGCGCAAACAACAGACCCGAGGAGCUCCCUCCGUUAGAGGCAUCUACGGGCAGGAUCCUUAGUAACUGGGAGCAAGAGGAGCACAAGGCUACAGCACAGCUCGGAUCACAGCCAAUAGGGACGCAAAAGAGGAAGAGAAAGGGCGCGGGCACUAUCGCGACCAGACUUGCAAAUAGAUAA